GACCUGUACAAGGAGGCCAUGAUGGAGGAGCACCAGCCUCUUAUAUCACAAGAAAAUCCCAGUAAGAAAUGUGAAAAUGUCAUGUUACCACUAGAUGACGAUAUCAUGCAGCGCCCUUCAGGAGAAAAUAAUGUACAUCCAGAACUUCACAGUACAGAUCUGUCAUAUAAUUCUCCUAGUUAUGAGGAACCUUCUCCUGACCAAUCACAGAUUGUUACCGCAAGUACAAGUCAGAAAAGGAUUGAAAGGUUUCAUUGUGGUAAAGAAUCCACAAACAGCUCAGGACUUUCUACACACCGAAGACAUCACAAAGGAGAGAAAAUGUAUUCAUGUUCAGAAUGUGGGAAAUGUUUUACACUGAAAUCCAAUCUUGUUAUACAUGAGAGAUUUCACACUGGGGAAAAGCCGUAUUCAUGUUCAGAAUGUGGGAAAUGUUUUACACUGAAAUCCAAUCUUGUUAUACAUGAGAGAAAACACACAGGAGAGAAACCAUAUUCAUGUUCAAAAUGUGGAAAAUGUGUUACACAUAAAUCCAAUCUUGUUAUACAUGAGAGAAAACACACAGGAGAGAAACCAUAUUCAUGUUCAGAAUGUGGGAAAUGUUUUACACAGAAAUCGCAUCUUGUUAGACAUGAGAGAAGUCACACAGGGGAGAAACCAUAUUCAUGUUCAGAAUGUGGGAAAUGUUUUAGACACAAAUCCAGUCUUGUUACACAUGACAGAAUUCACACUGGGGAAAAGCCUUAUUCAUGUUCAGAAUGUGGGAAAUGUUUUUCGGAUAAAUCAGGUCUUAUUAAACAUGUGAGAAGUCACACAGGAAAGAAGCCAUAUUCAUGUUCAGAAUGUGGGAAAUGUUUUACAGAGAAAUCAAAUCUUAUUACACAUGACAGAAUUCACACAGGAGAGAAAGCAUAUACAUGUUCAGAAUGUGGGAAAUGUUUUUCAGAUAAAUCAAGUCUUCUAAAACAUAAGAGGAAUCACAUAUGAGAGAAGCUGCAUUCAGAAUCAGAAAAAUAUUUUUGCUUCUAAAGCCAAAAUUAGUCAUUAGUGAAGUCACACAAAAGAGAAGCCAUAUGGCCACAAUAUAAUGAAACAAUAUAUCACUGGGUCACAGACAUUGUUUUCAUUUCAGGUUGUAUAUUUGGAUAUAAAAGAUUAAUUGAUGUCACAUAACGGCUUCUAUAAAACAUCUGAUAAAUCCUGUUUAGGAAGACAUAUAUUCUGUUCAUGACUUGU